UUUGAAACGUGGUCUGAAAAAUGAACAAAGAUUGCUGCUCAAAGUGUCAGGCUAAAGAAACAAAGAAGAAGUACUCGAAGAAAAACGAAGAGGAGUCUGGCGAAAAGGAUGUGAAAGAAAAACAGAAAGCCGCAGAGAGUGAGAAACCAAAAACAGAUUCCAGUGGAGAAAAAGGAUCACAGGAAACUUCAGAUCAGAAGGAUAAGAAAAAGAAGGACAUCCUCACAUGGCAACACUCAAGUAUGAAGAAAGAGAAGGUUGAAGGUAAAAACUUGUCAAGCGAGAAAACCCCUGUCAACCCGCCAAGUUACACCGCCAAGUCGAUGAUGCACCAUGGUUGUGGACCAAAUCCUUCACACAUGUGGCCCAUAUCUGCGGCACCAAGAGGUUAUUAUCCCCCAUAUCCGAUGGCACCCCCAUUUGCACCCCCGGGCCCGAUGUUACCACUGUGUGGACCAUAUGGUGGUGUUGGUGGUCCGAUUCAAUCAUACUCCAUGCCUCGUGCCAGGGUCCACAUUUCACCAUAUCCGGUUAUGGCUGCAGCUGCUCCUUUCGCCUAUUGGCAAGCCAGACCGUAUAUGGAUACUAAUCCUAUGAAGCAAUACACUACUUAUGCAGACAAUUAUACUUAUGCAGACAAUUACGGCUAUUGCUUUAUCUAAGUUCCUCUUAGAGAUUCCAUAUGUAUUCACUCUGUUUGCUUUAUUUUAGAAAGAGUAAACUAAAGUGAUGGCAAGAGUUAAGGGGUUUCAAACUUUCAAUGUAGUUUUUUAUAAGCCUUUUCAUAAAAGGAGGAAAAAUAAAAAUUGAUCCUUCGAUAAAGAUAAUGUAAAAAGAUUCAUGGCCAACCAUAGGCUCUACAUAAGGGCAAUAUUCAAUUAUCAAGCCAUAACACCAAAUGAAAA